AUGAGUAAAGCCUAUGGAGUUCUUAUUAGCUGUCCUCCCAAAUUGGGAUUCUCUCGGCAUAUUACCAAUCUGAUUCGGGAGUUGGUGUUUACUGUUGAGUUCAGAAUUCUGCUUGAUGGGAGGGAAGUAGGAUAUGUUGUUCCUGAAAGGAGUUUAAAACAAUGUGAUCCCAUAUCUCCCUAUCUCUUUAUCAUGGUGCUUGAAGCCUUUCAUUGUAUGUUCCAUAAGAGAUCUGUUGAAAGGGGGAUUCAUGGUGUACCCACCCAAAGUGAAAGUGGAGUGUUGGAGAAUACCAUUGAUUGUUUUGCUGAAGCCUCGGGUCCAUUUAUAAAUCAUUCUAAAUCAACUGUGUCAUUUAGUAGGAAUGUUCUUGGGGCUGAUAGAGAGAUGGUGCAUGAGGUGCUGGGGAUUAGGGAAGGAAACUUGAGUGGCAAUUAUCUCGGGCUGCCAUCUCUAAUAGGAAGAAAUAAGAAAGCCAUUCCAACUUAUGCUAUGAGUGUUUUUCUAUUGCCUAUGGUGUUGGGGAGAGAGAUUGAGAGAAUUCUGAAUGGAUUUUGGUGGGGCUGUUUUGGGGAGAGAAGCAAGGGUAUUAGAUGGAAAAGAUGGGAUGAGUUGUGUGUUCCUAACAAUUGGGGAGGCAUGAGGUCCAAGAGGAUUCGUGAUUUCAAUAUUGCCCUCCUCGAGAAUCAGGCAUGGAGAAUGAUUCAAAACCCAAACUCUUUAAUGACAAAAGUCUCUAAAGCUAGAUAUUUCCCUAGAGACAACUUCUUUGAGGCUAAAAUUGGUUGA